AACGCAGGGACGUUGGGUGCGAGUCCCAUCCCGUCUUCCCUUUAUUGUCAGAGCGCGACGUGGCCUCGCCCCGGGUCUUCAUGAGGCAGCUGCCCGUCACCCCAGGCUACGGUGGCUUCGUGCCGUACCUGAGCUGCGAGGGCACCUCCAGCGAGGACCACAUGUCCCGCUGCCUGCAGGCCUUCCGGGAGAAGACGCAGCGCUACAGGGACCGGCAGAAGGAGUUCUGCCACGCGGUGGCCACCGCCCCCAAGCUGCAGCCCAUCUGCCAGGAGGAGACGGUCCUGCGGGCGCUGCACCAGUACUACCAGCAGUACCACCCCUUGCUCCUGGAAUGCCAACAGUUGAGGAAGCCGCUGGAGGAGCCCCCAAUCCCGGGCUGGGCGGGAUACCUGCCCAGAGCCAGCGUCACAGAGCUGGGCUGCGCCACCCGGUACUCGGUCAUGGCCAGAAACUGCUACCAGGACUUCCUGGACCUCAUGGAGCGGUCCAGGAGGGCGCACCUGAAGCCCUACGCGGAAAUCUACGGAGUGAAGUCCCCGCAGCCGCCGCCGCCGCCUCCUCCGAGAGUUUUGCAGCGUGACCGGCUGCCCAAGUACCCGGACUUCUCUCUGCCAGACAGCACCUGUCCUGGCCUUGCGAUACCCCCGAUAGAGCACCCCAGGCCUCCGGGGAGGUGUGACUUUGCUCAGAGCCCGAGCAGGAAGCUCUAUCUGGAGCCACUGUCCUCAGACAACGGCCCCCUGGGAGAGCCGCCCGGGGAGAGUGGACUCUAGGGGGCGCUCGGGAGCUAGCCAGCCUUCAGGGAGGAGCCGCCUUCCCUACCCCCAGCAGGACUAGGGAGCUUUGUGCAUGAGAGUCCCUUCCACCCUGGCGGGCUGGCAGACCCUCUGUUGUCCUGUGGGAAU